AUGUUUCGAAGCAAACCACUGGCUUAUCAGUCUGCCAAAGCAGUCCUAGAGUAUAUCAGUUUUGAAAAGAGAAAACAUUUCUAUGCCAUGUGCCCAGCAAUCAGAAAAAUGGAAGAAAUUUUGCCUUAUCACCUCGAACUAGUCAGCCUGUGGAGUAUGGCGCAAGAUCAUAUUAUCACGGGAAUUGAUUCUUUUGGAUUUUCCUUCUGGGAUAAUGAAGGAAAUCAGAUACGUAUGAAUAACCAUUCGAAAAGGAAAUUUGUUGACCAGUUCACCUGUUUAGGACCCGAGCAGGCAGUGGAGAAAUUUUUUUUGUAUAACUUAAACAGAGAGGGGACACGCAUCAAAAAUGUUGAGUUGAAUAAAGCACCAGAGUUCAUUUCGAAAUGCAUUCCAAUUGCUAUCAAAAACAUGACUGUGUUCAAAACCGAUGCAUGGUUCCCAACAAAUAUUCCAAUUGAAAAUGUAGAAGUAGAUACAACACUUCGAGAGGACGCUCUGAAAAUACCAAAACAUGUGACAGUGAGAAUUCCGGUAUAUGUCGCAACCAGAAUCAACGCAGAAAUAGUAUCAGAAUGGAAUUGUGAAUCCAUCAAAAUUGAUUCACCGAUGCAAAGUGAAGUGAUUGCUUACUACUGUAACAAAGUAUCGAAAAGAACCAAUAGGCCGAUUGGAAGUAGAUUGAUGGCAAGACACAGUUUACCCGUGAAAUUCGUACAUGAUAUUCUUUAUUCAAAAAUGAAUGCCAGAAAGACAAUGUUGAAUGGCAGAGAAUGUGCAACAAUUUCAAUCGACGAGUCCACUGAAUUGAACGUGUACUGUUCUACCGAUGAUCAUUACUUUGUCGUUGUGGAAGUCUGUGCGAAAGGGACUGCAAUCGAAGUUUUUUUGCAUUUUUCCAUGAUGCACGGUCUGUACUGGAAAUAA